AUGGAAUUCAAAGUUGACUCUUUGCAAAAUAAUUUUUCUCUACCCCUAAAACGACCUGAGGAUGUGGUUCCGGACACAUCCCCUGAACCUCCAAUCGCAGCUAUCAUUAAAUCGUGGCGUUCAGUUCAACCAAACGAGCUCACCCUUGGGAUACGGGGAUCAGUUGGGCAGGUCGUGCUUGUCCGACUCUCCGAAGGGGUGUGGUCUCUUGGUGUGAUUACCCAGCUGCUAUAUCGAGAAGAACCCCUUUCCUUGAUCGACUUAAAUCAGCAUGUCAACAACGGUGGCUCAAAAAUCUCCUCCGAACGCUACCGCUCAGAUGCGAAAUCGGAUGGAAACAUUCGGUAUCUAGUGAAUGUGGAGUACCCGUCUCAGCGACAGUUUUGCGAUGUUGUUGACCAGUCAAAGCUUGCCCUGUCAUUGUCCUCUGAAGCUCUAAUGCAAAAAUAUCCUGUCGGCGCUCGUGUUGUCGCCCUUUAUCAGGAUGCAAACGGUGUGUCUGCUUACUACUCCGGGAUUGUUGGUGAGCCGCCAAAUUCCUACAACAAUUACCGGUACCUUAUAUUUUUUGACGAUGGUUAUGCCUACUACGCGCAAUCAGACUGCAUUUUCAGGGUCUUCGCCCAAUCGAAGGAAAAUUGGAAAUUGGUUAAUCCGGAAAUACAGGAAUUUAUCAAACGCUAUUUGGCCCAGUUCCCCCAGCGUCCGAUGGUGAAAUUGAGCGUGGACCAAACGAUUCAGGCCGAGUUAAAUGGAAAUUGGUUGCAGGCCACGGUUGUUCAGGUGGACUACAGUCUCGUUCUCCUGCGAUUCCCGAGUGGAAAUGUGGAGUGGAUUUAUCGUGGGUCAAGGCGUCUGGGUCCGCUAUCAAACAAGCCUCUAUUUGCAUUUUGGGGUCAACCUCCACAGACUUGGGCCAUUCGAUCCCCCAAUCAUCUGGUAGGUGAGCAUGGCUCGCAUCAGAAAACGCGCAAAUCUGCUACCGGUCGUGGAGCGGGUCGGAAGCCCCUAGUGAGUGUAGCUAGCGUGGCACACGAUACCGAUGGCACUGUCGCCACCACAAUACCUCCCUCGUUGCAGGAGGCUGAGGAGACGGGUCGCGUUCAGCCCUACCUUGACAGUUUUAUUCAGUCUAUUCGCGUUAAACCUUAUGUUGACCACAAGUGCGUCGCUGGUUGCCUAAAAUCUGCCAUCGUGUUGGACGAUCCUUCAUCAGGCCAUCGGUCGGAGUCGCCCUUCGACUAUAGGGGUUUGAAUCCCCUUGAAAUCCCUCUACGUGCUGGAUGGCUCCGGAUUUACAUCAAAGCUACACCGGCGGCAGAGGGACGCGAUGUCAUUGCCUACGUAGCACCUUGUGGCCGACACAUACGCAGCUUCUCGGAGCUGGACCACUUUUUGCAUCAGACUGGCAGCCAGCUAACCUCCGAUCUCUUCUGCUUUGACAAAGAGAUCAAAAUUAAUGAGGAGUUUCGUUGUGAAAAGGCCUUCAUAAGGAUUGCAGAUCUCUCCUACGGGAAAGAGAAUGUCCCUGUGCCUUGUGUAAACAGCGUUGACAACGAGUCGCCGUGUUUCAUCGACUACAUUCCCAAUCGUAAACCAGUUGGCAAAGUGAAUAUUAAUGAGGACCCCGAUUUCCUUGUCUGCUGCGAUUGCACGGACAAUUGUCGUGACCGGACAAAGUGUGCCUGUCAGCAACUCACCAUUGAAGCGAGUGCCUUCUCUAGCACAAAGGGCAUGGUGGACACCUCUGUGGGCUACCGCUAUCGCCGUCUUUCCCAGUUCACCAUGGGCGGCAUCUACGAGUGCAACUCGCGGUGUAAGUGUGACCGACGCUGCCAAAAUCGUGUGGUGCAACAGGGCGUCUGGGUUCGAACUCAAGUCUUCAAAACCAACCGAAAGGGCUGGGGUAUCCGUGCUUUGAACGCUAUUCCAAAGGGCGCCUUCAUAUGCACCUACGCUGGAGCAAUUUACGAUGACACGAAGGCAAUUGAAGAGGGCUACGACAACGGUGAUGAAUAUCAAGCCGAGUUGGACUACAUAGAGACGGUGGAGAAGCACAAAGUAGACUACGAGCCCUAUGCAAUCGAGCCGGAGGAGUCGUCUGAUUUUGAUCUACCCUCCUCCAAUCCCGGCAUCGUUCAACCACACCCUCCGAUCUCUUCUCGAACCGCUCGAAAACGUGGUGGCCUUGCACGUCGGAAUUCCUCCUCCUCUAUUUCCUCCUAUUCAGCGUGUUCCAAUGUCUCUAAGGUUUGUGAGAAGGUCGGUGGGGAAGCUGACUCCGCUGUGGAGCAAGCUAUAACAAUACCUCCUGGGAAUAUAAAAAUUUCUCCACCAUCGUCAUCUGUCGAUGAAGGCGAAGAAACGAUGGGGAUGAGCUCCAUUUUGGACCAGGCUCUGGCGUUUGCUAGCUCUUCAACCACCGGCCAAAUCCAAAAAGUGGAAGAAAGAGAAGACAAAGGGGAAGGAAGUGGAAAUCUUUACGAAACAAAGUUCAAUCCAGAGGUCGUUGUUAUAAAGAAAUGUGAUGAAUCGCCGAAGGGCAUGAAAACUCUCCGGACGCAGGCGAUUGCGAACUCGAGUAGUGGAAACAACGGCGACGAGCACUCCGAAUUCUCCGACACAAGUCAGGUUAAUCAGAUCAAGAGUGAGGAACCUAAUUUGUUCGCAGAGAAUGCAGAUGGCGAGUCGCCUUACUCCUACUCCAGUAAUCUGGCCCCGACCGACGCAACUGCUGUCGAUACUGUGGUACCGAUGGAUGUAACUACAAGCGCUGGAGAUGAAAUUAACGAGGAAGGACCUGCCAGGUCACGGGGGCUUUCUGAAUUCACCAUCUCAGCUCCUGGUCUGACGUCUUUUCAGGGCAUCUCCAAUCUGGCUGAGAUUAUGACUUCUGCCUCCUUUGAUCGUCUGCCAGUAGUUCAACUGACUAGACUCUCGAAGCAGGAAAAACGGCUAGCCUCUCCAUCUAUGGGACAACCUCGACGAGGUACACGAGGUCACCUGUCCGGCCGCUUGUCUGAUGCAAAAAUGUGGCCACCUGCAGCUGGAGGGUGUCUCAUGCGUAGCCCAAGGUCGUCAGCCCUGGCCAUGGCGUACCGUCCGACGGGACCCCGCAAAUUGUUGCUCAUGGCUAGCCUCAGGAAAUCAGCUUCCAAUGCUGACAUCGCUUGCUCCGCUUCACAAUCCACUGGGCCUAAAAGGUCAAGUUCGGCUGUUGACCUACUGCGGAUGAACCAAUCUCAGCCUAGGACAGGUGAGCGUCGGCCACGGGGCAAGGCACGAGAACAUCGUAUCCACACAGCCAUUGCCUUGACAACAGGUAAUGGAAGGGUAGGAGAAAGCACGGAGACCUCUACAGUAGUGGGAGCGUUGACAGCCUUUUCCUCAACAUCGGUGUUGGUGCCUUGGGCAAACCGUCGCUUCUACCCGAUUGCACAGCCGGAUUGGUUGCCGGCUCGUAGCUACUUCGGGGACGAGGAGCCCUUUGUCAUGGAUGCUAAGAAGAUGGGCAAUCUGGGGCGCUACUUCAAUCACUCCUGUGAGCCAAAUGUCUUCGUGCAGAAUGUCUUCAUCUCCUCGCAUGAUCCACGUUUCCCUGAGGUCGCUUUCUUCGCCAAGAGGAAUAUUGCGGCCGGCGAGGAGUUGACUUGGGACUAUGGCUACGUUGUCGAUGCUGUGCCCUUCAAAGUGCUCUACUGCUAUUGCGGUGAGCCCUCUUGCCGUAUUCGACUGCUCUAG